CCUCGAUACCAGACCCCAGCAGCUGCAAUCCAUCUGUACAACAACCGUCACACUGGCGUCUAGAAUCAGUCAAGUACGGCUGCCUCGUUGCGUUCCUUCUCUACCCCUCCUUCACCACGCCGUACGACCUAUUCCUGGCCACUUUACAACACUCGCUCACACCACCUCCACUUGUCACCACUCUCGCACCAUCAUGUCCAGCUCGGAACCCACUGCCUCUGGCGGUGCCACCUCACAAACAACCUCGACACCAACGGUCCUCUCCUCUCCCCACCCUCAAGUGCGUUGCUUCUCCCGACCCUUCUCUCGCUUCGGCAUCCUCCCCGUCGGUGGUCGCUCAACAGCAAUCAAGCUUCAGCAGCCUCCCAACGAGAAUGCCGUAUGGGUCCUCGCCUCUACACCCUUGGACGAGCCGGUGAAGGAGUCACUCAAGGAGCUAGGAGGUGAAGUAAAAUGGAUCAUUGCAGCAGAUGCGGUACAUUCCAUGUUCACCGAAGAGUGGAGCAAGGCUUUUCCAGAAGCAAAGUGUAUUGGUGUGGAAGGUCUAGAUGCUAAACGGCCUAACAUUUCCUGGGCGGGAAUUUACGGGAAGGACCGAGAGGGGACAAUGUAUGGCUUUGAAGAGGAAAUUCAAGCACGUUAUUUCCCCACGUUUGCAAACAAGGACGUAGCAUUCCAUCAUGUCGCUUCGCGCUCAGCAAUCGUGGCGGAUCUUCUUUUCAAUCUUCCGGCAAAGGAGCAAUAUCUAGGCUCGCCAAGCAAGAGCCCUUCCUCCCCCGUACCCUUCCUCACGGGCAUGGCAACCAAAUUCAACCCCUUCCACGGGCUUCAUCAGACAUUCCUCUGGAACGCAGGCGCAGCAGCAGCCAUUCCAGAGGCGUGCGUGCCAGAAGGGGUAAAGUUGUCCACUCCUGGUGGCUCGACGGAGGAGAGGAGGGCUAGGUUCGCAAAGGACGCAGAGAUCUUUGCUGCUUGGGGAGCAGAGAGAGUCAUUCCUUGCCAUGGCGACGUCAUCGAAGGGAAAGGGAGGGAAGCUUGGUUGGCGGCGUGCAAGAAGUUCCUCAGCCCCGAGGGCAAGUCUCUUUUCGAGAAGACGGCCUCCUCAUAGAGUCAGCGAGCAAGCGCACUAGAUCCAAUAAGUGUUUGCGCUUGGUAGGCCAAGCUGUUUCUUUCUCCCUUGUGGUAACAAUCAAUGUCAUCCACCUUACGACUGACAUCCGCCAGACUAUACGCCGGAGAUCGG